AUGCUUCUUCAAGCUACAGCUUCGCUGCUGCUUGUAGCAGGUUCAGCUCUCGCUGGACCUGUUGCAAGGGCAGACAAGAAUGCAGUCGUCUACGGUUCCAAAGGAACUGUGUCUCUCAAAUCUGACGGGAAGAAACCUCAUAUCAUGAUUCUCGACUACGGCGAGAAUUUUGAGGGUCAUCCUACCUUUGAGGUUGUCUCUGCUUCUGGUGAUACCUCGGCCUUUGAGCUCACCUAUGCCGAGUCCAAGUAUGCUUUUAGCAACUACCAAAGUGACGGACCCCUUCCCCUGGCAGCUGCCAUGGACACCUACCGCGUGAACCGAUACAACAUCACGAAGCGCGAGACCUUCAACAACCGUCUCGUUCAGGGAGCUUUCCGGUACCAGAAGCUGAACCUCUCUUCGCAUGGAGAGCUGCGUCUCAGAAAAAUUGGCGUGAAACCGACCGUUCAUACCACGCCCCUCACCAAACUUCCCGGACGGUUUGAGUGUUCGGACGAGGACUUCAACCGCAUCUGGCUCACAGGUGCCAGGACCGCUCAGCUUACUGAGAUUCCCAAGGACACUAUCCCCGACUUCUGGCAGGUUUCCAAUGAAGGAUCUUUUGUUGAGAGCUCUGCGCCCCAGGCCCUCGGCAGCGCUGCGGCUGCUCAGUUGACCGCCUACCAGCUCGAUUUCCAGGUCAAGCCUGUUACUGGCGAGUUCGGCUUCUCCGUUCUGUCAGACACUCUCAACGAAGCUAUUGUUGUUACAUGCGAUGUCAAGACUGGCAAGGUCACGGCCACGGGUGCUUCCAAGUCCGGAUCGAUCCCACCUUCUGCUGAUGUCAAGGUCAGCGAGUGGAUGUCUGUGCAUGCCAAGGUGAACAUGACCGAGAUUUCCAUUCUAGUCAAUAACAAGACCGUUCUCGACUUCAGCCAGACCGAAAAGUUCUACGGCUCCUUUGGCCUCGGUGCUCCUCUCGGCCACUCCGCUUACUUCCGCAACCUCAAGGCUGCGACUCUCGAUGGCACUGAGAUCUACUCUAAUAACUUGACGGAUCCUAGCUUUCUGAAGGACUUCUUUAUGGGAACCAACCCCGCCGAUACUAUUGUUGAUGGUUCCAGGCGCGAUAGAAUCGCUUACACUGGUGAUCUCGACGUUGCACUUGGAUCGACCUACGCCAGCACCUACGGAAGGUCUUUCGUUGAGGGUUCUCUCGACCUUCUAGGCUCUUAUCAGGCAACACCCGGAUUCUUUAUCCCAACCGCCAAGAUCCAGCAAGAGCCUCUCAAGGAGCUUCUCGACGUCAACAUCACUGGUCUCAUCGGUUACUCAUUCAACUUCCUGAACGCACUUGCUAAGAACUACGAGGUUCUGGGUGAUAAGCAGUUUGCAAAGGAGUGGGCUCUUCGCACUACUGCUAUGCUGGACUGGGCGCAUUCUCAGUUGAAGAAUGGUCUUUUCACUCUCGACAACCCUGCAUUCACUGGAGACUGGAACUACUACGAUCCUCCUCAGACCGGCGCGAGUUCCAAGUUCAACGCGCUAUAUGCCUACAGCUUGCAACAGACUCAGGAUCUCCUCAAGGUUGCUGGCGUCAACACCACUGUUUACCAGACUCGUCUCGACAACCUGCGCAAGGCUAUUCACUCUAACCUCUGGAGCGAUACCCUUCAGGCUUACGUUCUGUCUAACGAGAUUACCACUGGAUUCGCCCAGGACGCCAACGCCAUCGCUAUCCUCGCCGGUAUUCCUCAGAGCCACAACAUCUCCGCUACUUCUUUGCUAUCGACCAUGAACAAGGAACUUCAGCUCAAGGCUGGACCUCUUGCCUUCAGCAACGCUACCGCCAAGUCUGGUUUCGCUCAGAAGAUCAGCCCUUACGCCUCUGCCUAUCAUCUGCGCGCAGCCUUCGAGUCCGAGGAUGAUGUGAUUGUCAAACGUUUGUUGAAGAGUCUCUGGGCUCCUAUGGCGAACCCUGCACAUGCAAACUACACCAACUGCUUCUGGGAGACUCUUGACCCAGAUGGUACACCUGGUCUGGGAAUCAUCACCUCUCUCUGCCACGGCUGGGCUUCUGGACCUACUGUUGAGCUGAGUCGACAUGUUCUCGGUGUUCAGGCUGCUGAACCUGGGUACAAGAAGUGGGAUGUUAAGCCUCUGACUUUGGGUCUGGAAUGGGCUAAGGGUCGGGUUCCUACUGAGCAUGGAAACGUUGAGGUUGAUUGGAAGUUCAAGUCUGGUCUUCUGCAGAUGACUGUUCGUGGACCCAAGAAUGGUAACACCGAGGGAACUGUAUACCUUCCUCGACCUCUGCCUACUCCUCUUGAGAAGAGUGUCAUCAAGAUGAACGGAAAGAUUGUCAAGGGUGACAAGUUCACCGUAGCUUGUGGACAGAAGAUCACUAUCAAGCAGACCCAUGCUUGA